CGGACAGAGCUGCUGCUACUGCAGUAAGAGACUAGGGCUGAGGCUUUGGGAACCGAUCGCACAGAAAGACACACAAGAGGUAGUGAGUGGUGUGCAUAACCCUGACAGCAAGUGCCAGGAGUUAAAGGCAUCUGGUAAAAGAAGAUGGCCACUGUGAAUCAGACCAACUGUAAUACAGAGUCACCAACAGCUGUAGAGGAGGUGAAGACCUCUGGCACUCCAGGGAGUCCCCAGGUACUCCCUGAGCCACUAGCCCAUGGUAGUUCCCUGUUUCUGACAGCCCAAAAGGAAAGCAUCUCAGAAGAUGAAGAUCUUGCCGGGGCUGGCAGUGGUCCAGGCUGCAGCAAAGGGGGUCCCAGGACCCAGAGUGCGGGGGCCUGUGCCUCUGGGGCUGUGCUGGGCAGGAAGAAGCACCGGAGGCGGUCAUCGAAGCGCAAGCGGCACUGGCGGCCCUACUUAGAGCUGAGCUGGGCUGAGAAGCAGCAGCGGGAUGAAAGGCAGAGCCAGAGGGCCUCCCGAGUCCGGGAGGAGAUGUUCGCCAAAGGCCAGGCCGUGGCACCCUACAACACCACCCAGUUCCUGAUGAAUGACCGUGACCCAGAGGAGCCCAACCUGGAUGUGUCUCACAGGGUGUCCUACCCAGCCUCCAGUGGGGAAAGUGAGGCAGAAGACAGCGAUGGGAAGGACCUAGCCAAUGGUGAGUUCCAGCAGAGGGACUUUUCUGAGACUUACGAGCGUUACCAUACUGAGAGUCUGCAGGGCCGCAGUAAGCAGGAGCUGGUUCAAGACUACCUGGAUCUCGAGAAGCGGCUGUCACAAGCAGAGGAGGAAACACGGAGGCUGCAGCAGAGGCAGGGAGGCACCGGCCAGCAGCCCUGUCACCAGGUGGAGGAGCUAGCUGCUGAGGUAAAGAGGCUCAAGACAGAGAACCAAAGGCUUCGGCAGGAGAAUGAGGUGCGAUUCCGAUUCCGAGAGGGCUGCCACCACAGUGGGGAGCCUGGUACCUAGAACCCUCCCAGGCAGGUGGACCCAAGGACAAGGCCCCAUUUUAAACCCAGGCUAUCUGCAUCUCAAGGAGCUAGUGGCAAAUGAAAAUCACACUCAAUACUCCUGGGCCCCCUGAGAACAGCUAAGACAAGUUCCAGCUUCUGCAGUGGACUUUUUGAUGCCAUCUUACC